CCCGGAAGCGGCCCCUCCCUCCAGUCGGCCGGCUACGGGGAGCCCGCGCUUGGUGUCUGAGGAAAGGCGGCGUGUUUCCGCGCUCGGGUCGCUCUCCUGCCGCCUUCAGCCCCGCGUCCGGCGCCCCCGCCUCGCGCCCGAUGGUGAGCAGUGUGUUGUGCCGCUGCGUGGCCUCCCCGGCGCCGGACGCCACCGCCACCGCCUCGUCGUCCGCUUCGUCGCCAGUUUCUGUAGGGGACCCGUGCGGCGGCGCCGUCUGUGGCGGCCCGGACCACCAGCUGCGCCUGUGGAGCCUCUUCCAAACCCUCGACGUCAACCGCGACGGCGGCCUGUGUGUCAACGACCUGGCGGUGGGGCUGCGGCGCCUGGGACUGCACCGCACGGAGGGCGAGCUCCGGAAAAUUGUGCAAGCAGGUGACAAGGACCUUGAUGGGCAACUGGACUUUGAAGAGUUUGUACAUUACCUCCAGGAUCAUGAGAAAAAACUGAGGCUGGUGUUCAAGAGUCUGGACAAAAAGAAUGAUGGACGAAUCGAUGCGCAGGAGAUCAUGCAGUCUCUGCGGGACCUGGGUGUCAAGAUCUCUGAACAGCAGGCAGAGAAGAUUCUUAAGAGCAUGGAUAAGAAUGGCACAAUGACCAUCGACUGGAAUGAGUGGAGGGACUACCACCUCCUGCACCCUGUGGAGAACAUCCCUGAGAUCAUCCUGUACUGGAAGCACUCGACGAUCUUCGAUGUCGGUGAGAAUCUAACAGUCCCAGAUGAGUUCACAGUGGAGGAGAGGCAGACGGGGAUGUGGUGGAGGCACCUGGUAGCAGGAGGUGGGGCAGGGGCAGUUUCCAGAACUUGCACUGCCCCUCUGGACAGACUGAAGGUGCUCAUGCAGGUCCAUGCCUCCCGCAGCAACAACAUGUGCAUCGUAGGUGGAUUCACACAGAUGAUUCGAGAAGGGGGAGCCAAGUCACUCUGGCGCGGCAAUGGCAUCAAUGUCCUCAAAAUUGCCCCUGAGUCGGCCAUCAAAUUCAUGGCGUAUGAGCAGAUGAAACGCCUUGUUGGUAGUGAUCAGGAGACGCUGAGGAUCCACGAAAGGCUUGUGGCAGGCUCCUUGGCCGGGGCCAUUGCCCAGAGUAGUAUCUACCCAAUGGAGGUUCUAAAGACCCGAAUGGCCCUGCGGAAAACAGGCCAGUACUCAGGCAUGUUGGACUGUGCCAGGAGGAUCUUGGCUAAAGAGGGUGUAGCUGCCUUCUACAAAGGCUACAUCCCCAACAUGCUGGGGAUCAUCCCCUAUGCUGGCAUCGACCUAGCUGUCUAUGAGACAUUGAAGAAUACCUGGUUACAGCGCUACGCAGUGAACAGUGCAGACCCUGGCGUGUUCGUUCUCCUGGCCUGUGGCACUAUCUCCAGUACCUGUGGCCAGCUGGCCAGCUACCCAUUAGCCCUGGUCAGGACCCGGAUGCAGGCACAAGCCUCCAUUGAGGGUGCCCCUGAGGUAACCAUGAGCAGCCUCUUCAAACAGAUUCUACGGACUGAGGGGGCCUUUGGGCUAUACCGGGGUCUGGCCCCCAACUUCAUGAAGGUGAUUCCAGCUGUGAGCAUCAGCUACGUGGUCUAUGAGAACCUGAAGAUCACCCUGGGCGUGCAGUCUCGGUGACGGGAGGGUGGCGGACUUGGUGACCCUGGGCUGCAGCCCAGGGUGUGCAGCCGCCUCAUUCUGUGAAUGUGCCAACACUAAGCUGACUUUCCCAAGCUGUGAAACCGAGGAUACCGCAGGGGACGGGCAGGGAGCUGGCAAGCUCUGGGCUGGUCCUGCUGACCUGGCAGACCUUUGUGUCUCUUCCAAGGAAGACCUGUGGAUGUUCCUUGGGGCCCAGGGGUCAGUAAGAUGUGGGCUCCUGCACUAGAGACAGGACAUUUUCCGCAGUGCCUGCCAGAUAGCGAGCUUGGAUGCCAGCUUAGUUCUUCCAUCUCGUUCACGCAGCCUGACCUCAGCUACGGCAUCCCUCUGGUCCAAAGAGCAUUCCUGUGCCCCUUGUAUCUUUCCACUGAUGCACUGUGGUAGAAAGUGGGCCUGUACCCACUCUUGUCCUUCUGUCCAUCUUCCCUCAGUGCUGCUCUUCCAAACCUGUUUCCCAAGCUGCAGGAUCCAUGUGGACCUGUGGUAUUGGAAGCUGAAGAAGGACCAUUAUGUCCUUGCCUAUUCUGAGCUCACAAGCAAGGCCACCUGGAUGCGCCCUGGUACUCAGGCACUGGCUGCCUGACACCUCGGUGCACGGCUUUGCUGAAAGCUAGUGCUGGCACCUGGAACCCAGAGGAUCUGUGCUGCCUGCAUGGGCCUGAUGUCCUCUGAGCUGCCCCUAAGCCCUGUGAGGACUGGCACCAGCUCAUCCCCACACUCAUUGUUUGGUUCUGUGGUGUGAGGGUGGGCAGAGUACCUGCCCAUGUCUGCUGCCCCGAUGAGAAGAAAAAGAUGCUGAAGGCCUUAAUUAUGUCUUACUGGGUAAAGGAUUUGGUUCAGAAGGACAAGCUGGACACUGCACUGCCGCACUUACUGCGAGCCUGGGGUAGGUUGUUUGCCUGCUCUCAAGUCUGUUCUGAGGGCCCUAUGGGGCCAAGCGGGACCAGCCUCACAUUCCACACGUGUACCACUCUGCUUGGAGCCUAUUUAUUUUGUAUUUAUUUGAACAGAGUUAUGUCCUAACUAUUUUUAUAGAUGUGUUUAAUUAAUAGCCUGUCAUUUUCAAGUUCAUUUUUUUAUUCAUAUUUAUGUUCAUGGUUUGAUUGUACCUUCCUGUCACCACCUGGUGGGGCAUGGGGAGACAAGAUGGAAAAGUGGCCACAGAGUGACCUUGCCUGCUGCCCACACUGAUGGCAUGUCCAUCCCACCAGAAACAGAAGGAAAGGCACAGGGAGGACCCCUCAGGCCGGGUAGGGUAGUGGGAAAGGUGGUGGCUUGACAUUCUUUCCUGGACCGGAAGGAUUUAUUUUGCCCUUUUGGAACGACAAGGCAAUGAGGUGCUUUACCAGGAAUUUGGUAUGAGGGUGAGGACUGAAGGACGGGGUGGCCUGCCUUCCCCAACCUGUGACCUGGUCUCCCUUCUGGCCUGUGACUGCCCAAUGAGUAGCCAUCCUCCGGCCACUUGGCAACUGUGCCUCCUUUGCCCAGAAUGGCCUGAUGUGGAAAAUCCAAACAGGAUGCAAGAUCAAUGCAAAAGUCACCGGUCUGCAUAGUCUAUGCUGUAACUGGAGUUUGUCAAAGGCAAGCAGCCUUCUAAUAAAGUCGCUUCAAAUGUGA